AUGAUGCCCGAGAACUUCACCCUCGAUGUGCCUAAUGAGCCCAUGGGGGUGGACCCCAAGGAUUUCCCCGCGGAUUUCUUCGCUCCUCCUCCGGACAUCAGUGGAUUCACCAUCUCCAACCAUUCGGGCGAAGAUGCCGGUUCGAUCACUUCGGACCUGGAAAGUGACGAUCAGUCGUGGUCUCCCACCUAUGCUGCUCCCGCAGAUAUGCUUCCGGCCCCCGGGAGACAAUCCACCCGCCGCAAGACCACCCCAGUGGUGAAACGCGAGACGACCUGGUCCUCCAGUCCUGAACUCGCACCUCAAGAAUACCCCACCCACACUGCCGCUCAGACGACUCCCACAUCGCCUCCCGUCAACCGCAAGAUGACCCGCACCACCUCGGUGGACUCCAAUGCCAGCACGGGCCAGACCACAACGGCCACCACCAGUGGACGCAACGCUGCGAAGCGUGCCGCACACAACAUCAUCGAGAAGCGGUAUCGCACCAACAUGAACGCCAAGUUCGUGGCCCUGGAGAAGGCCAUGUGUGGCGGAGUCCAGAAGUCGAGCAAGAGCGGAUCAGCCUCGCUCAAGAAGUCGGAGAUCCUGACCAACGCGAUUGCCUACAUGCAGGAAUUGCAGGAAGAGAACAAGGCCCUCCAGAAGGAGCUGGCCAUGUUCAAGCAAAAUAUGGUGCCUAGUGCGAUGUGGCGACAUACCAAGGGGGCUGAGACCUUUCGCGCUUAA